AUGCGGUUGCCUUCAAUCGAAGAUUUCGAUGGCCAUUCCCUCGGUAAAACUUCGCAUGAUGUCAGCUUCUCAACUCAUAUGCUGAUGGGAUUCGGAACAUCCGAAAAUGACUGUUUUCGGAAUGUGGUGCAACUCCUGUUCCCCCCUACGGUCUAUCUUUGCAGUACACAUAUGCUUUCUACACGUGUCCAUAGAGUAUAUCAUCUGAAGCUGUCAAACGGGCAUCAACUCAUCGUCAAAGUCUCCCCGCCACCAGCUAUACCGCUCCUUCGAAGAGAACGAAUUUCUCUCGAAACGGAGGUGCGAGCACUCACCAUACUAGCGCGCAUCAAUCAUCCCUGCAUACCCAGGUUAUAUCGAUAUAUAUCCUAUGAUGCUUCUCCAAAUGCCUCAUUCCUCGUCAGGCAAUAUGUCCACGGCAUUCCUUUGUCAGAAAUGCAAAACACACUGUCUGCAAAGGAUCUGAAUGAUCUUGAUAGACACCUCGGAUCACUGAUCAAAGCUAUCGGUCAACAAUUUUCCACAGCGUUUGGACCUCUCAAUAAGGUAGCUGCAGGGACAGGAAGCUACCACUGGCGUGACGCAUUUGUUACACUCUUCGAAGAAAUCCUCCGGGACGCAGAAGACAUGUUCAUCCACCUCCCGUACAGUCAAAUACGGAGAGAAAUCUAUCGGUGGUCCUUCACCCUCGACGAGAUCCAAACUCCCCGAUUAGUGGUCAUCAAUGUCGGUCGUCCUUCAGAAGUGCUUCUUGAUCCCGAAACAAGGCAAAUAUCUGGACUGUUAGAGUUUGGAAGUGCGUUGUGGGGCGAUGUGAUGCUCGCAGAGAUAUUUGAAUCUCCCUCAGACGCCUUUCUUGCUGGAUUUGGGCCGCUUCCUUCAAGAGGCCAAUCGCAUUUUAUUAGAUCUCUGCUAUAUUCAUGUUACAGACAUGUCUAUAAAAUUACUGAGCUCUACUAUCGCAACAGCAAUAAUGCGACAGAGAUGCAGGCACGCCGUAGGUUGACCGACCUUAUCCACACCCUGACGGCGAUGAACCCAGUUUUAUAA